GGCACCCUCGUCCGGCGUGGAGAACGGGGGCUCGCAGGAGCUGGCGGGCGUCCGCGGGGCUGGGCGCCGGGCCUACGAACUCGAGGAGGGGCCCAGGCCGGGCUGCGGCAGGAAGACACGCAGUCAGGCCUCUGCUGUCUCCACGGCACCAUGAACGCCAUUGUCGCGCUCUGUCACUUCUGUGAGCUCCAUGGCCCCCGCACUCUGUUUUGCACUGAGGUUCUGCACGCGCCGCUUCCUAAAGGGGCGGGGGCCGGCCCUGGCCCUGGCGCGCAGGCGGAGGAGGAGGAAGGCGGCAUUCAGAUGAGCGGAGGGACCUGCACUCACAGCCCCGCGGACGGGGCUGGCGCGGAGUCCAGCAGCCCAGGGCCCAAAAAGUCGGACAUGUGUGAGGGCUGCCGGUCACUUGCUGCGGGCCACCCUGGGUAUAUCAGCCAUGAUAAAGAGACUUCGAUUAAAUACGUCAGCCACCAGCACCCCAGCCACCCCCAGCUUUUCAGCAUCGUCCGCCAGGCUUGCGUGCGGAGCCUGAGCUGUGAGGUCUGCCCCGGUCGUGAAGGCCCUAUCUUCUUUGGGGACGAGCAGCAUGGGUUCGUGUUCAGCCACACCUUCUUCAUCAAAGACAGCCUGGCCCGGGGCUUCCAGCGCUGGUACAGCAUCAUCACCAUCAUGAUGGACCGGAUCUACCUCAUCAACUCCUGGCCCUUCCUGCUCGGGAAGAUCCGAGGGAUCAUCGACGAGCUCCAGGGCAAGGCUCUCAAGGUGUUUGAAGCAGAGCAGUUUGGAUGCCCACAGCGAGCCCAGAGGAUGAACACGGCCUUCACCCCAUUCCUGCACCAAAGGAAUGGUAACGCCGCCCGUUCGCUGACCUCGCUGACGAGUGACGACAACCUGUGGGCCUGCCUCCACACCUCCUUUGCUUGGCUCUUGAAAGCAUGCGGCAGCCGGCUGACCGAGAAGCUCCUGGAGGGCGCGCCCACCGAGGACACCCUGGUCCAGAUGGAGAAGCUCGCGGAUUUGGAAGAGGAAUCAGAAAGCUGGGACAACUCUGAGGCUGAAGAAGGAAGAGCCCGUCCAGAGGGUGCAGAAGGGCGGGAGCUGACCAAAUGCCCGACAGAUUCCUCCUUGCUCUCAGACUGUGAUCACUGGCAGCCCCGAAAGCUGUCUGUGUUUAAGUCCCUUCGGCACAUGAGACAGGUCCUGGGCGCCCAGGCGUUCCGCAUGCUGGCCUGGCACGUUCUGAUGGGGAACCAGGUCAUCUGGAAGAGCAGAGACCCCGACCUCGUCCUGUCGGCGUUUGAAGUGCUCCGGACCAUGCUGCCGGUGGGCUGCGUCCGCAUCACCCCUUACAGCGGCCAGUACGAGGAGGCCUACCGGUGCAACUUCCUGGGGCUCAGCCCGCGCGUGCAGAUCCCCGCCCACGUGCUCUCCUCAGAAUUUGCCGUCGUAGUGGAGGUCCACGCAGCGGCUCGCUCCAGCCUCCACCCAGCCGGCUGUGAGGAUGACCAGUCUCUCAGCAAGUACGAGUUCACCGUGACCAGUGGGAGUCCUGUAGCUGCGGACAGAGUUGGCCCAACCAUUUUGAAUAAGAUAGAAGCUGCUUUGACCAACCAGAAUCUAUCUGUGGACGUGGUUGACCAGUGCCUCAUCUGCCUCAAGGAAGAGUGGAUGAACAAAGUGAAGGUCCUUUUUAAAUUCACCAAAGUGGACAGUCGACCCAAAGAGGACACCCAGAAACUCCUGAGUAUCCUUGGAGCAUCCGAGGAGGACAAUGUCAAGCUGCUCAAAUUCUGGAUGACAGGCCUGAGCAAAACCUACAAGUCACACCUCAUGUCCACGGUCCGUAGCCCGACAGCCUCAGAACCUCGUAAUUGACCCUGUCGUGGAAGUCGGUGUUGGUGUGCACCUCUGGGAAGUGUGGCGGGGGGCGGGGCGCCUGGUGGCUGUCACGGGCUGCUCUCCCAUUUCUGAACUGCUGGCAUGGAGCUGCUUCCAAGCAAGGAAUGGAAACUGUUGGGGCUGAACUGUGCCUUUGCGGUGGGGGGAGGGCCUGGUGUAGUUCUCGGGACCAUCCCCCAAGCGGCUCCACUUGCUCCAGCCUGAAGAGGACAGCGGGAGACUCGUGCAAGGGACUAGUCCCUGCAUUCCUGCACCCCUGUGAGAAAAGAUGAAGGGAAGCGUGUGUCUCAAGUCUCUCGUGGACUUAGAUCUCAAAAUUUACAGGGAAAAUGUGUCAUGCCAGUGCUGACUUGGGUAUUUUAGCCACAAUAUCGUACCCUCUCUUUAGGUUAACAUUCAGAACUUUCUAUUCUGAAAUUUAGCAAGAGUUUCCCCUGUUUUAUGUGCAUGCACGUUAUGAAUUGCUACAGUUGUAAAUAUUCAAGACAGGUGCUGCCCCUUAGUCGUUUUAGUAACCUGGUGUUGGGUUAGGGCUCUGGGAAAGGCUUUUGGAGUAAAGAGGAUGGAUGUGUUUCUCAUAGUUGGAUCUUCUGGAAUGCAUGUGCUGGAGUCAUGUGACUACCAAGUCUUCUGGCCACACUCUUCUGAAGUUGCUUUGAAAUCACACUGUAGUUGGACAAGCCCCUGGUCUUUGUUACACAAAGAUGAUGCUUUCCUGAAACGUUCAGUGGGGCCAUUCACCUCACCUGGCUGCCUGUGUGUGCGGUUGAGAAACCCGCCGUAGUUCUGUCCUGUAUCACAUUCUUUAUUGCUGCUUAAACGUUGACACUUGGCUGCAGUAAUUUCCUGAGCAUAAUGAUUUAAGAUAUAAUAGUUCUAUCUCAGUGUGCAUUUUUGAUAAGGGUUCAUGGUGUAGAGGGAUUUUGCAGCAUUUUUGCUGAGUUUAGUUUUUUGUUUAAUGUAUAUUUAACAUGACUAAAUUUAUAUGACUUGGUAUCUGUAUCAUGUAAGAACAUUGAAA